UAUUUUUCUAUGCAUGAUCUUGUGAAAUAUUAAACAACUUUAGAUUAUUGAAUUCCAGACCUUUAUACUUUUAAUACCUCACACAAACGUUUUGAAAUCAUUAUGUGUUUAAGAUGUAUUAGGAUGAGCUGUAUUUCUCUACAUUUGUCAAGCUUCAAUUUGUAUUACACCACAAUCAAAAGCGUUACGUUUAUUAUACACAUUGUAGUUAUGUUAAAAAAACAGGUAAUUUUUUUGCAAAAAUAAUUUCUCAUUAUUCUCAAAUUUUUAUUAUGAUUAAUUAAGGCGAUUAAUAACACGUACAUUUGCGCUUGUCCAGGCAUUAUGUAAAUGUCUUUUGGACUGGGUUCUGCCUUUCGAGCAUACUUUACAAAACUCAUACGUUUAAACUUACAACUAUCGACUUAAAAAUCUUAAUGUUCAUACUUUUUUAUCAAAACGAUUGAUGGAAUAUAUAGAAAUUGGAAAACCAGCAGGAACUAAUCGCAUCUUCAUUAAAAUUCUUCAGUGCCAUAAAUCCGUGUAAACAUGAAGGGACUUUUAUUUUGACAGGCAAUGUCACGGAAGCUUCUGCUGCGGUGCAGUGUUUAAAAGUUACGGUUCGUGUUUAUGUGUGGUUUCAACAUUUCAACGACAAAUCGGACAAGAUGUAGAUCUGUGUUUAUUGCACUCAUGGCAGAGCAAGCCCUGCUAGCUCGCGUCAAAGCUUUGGAAGAUGAAGUGGAGAGAUUAAAAGCUCAACUGAAAGCAGAAUCCGUGGAAGAGAGGACUGAAACAUCACCCCAUCUCAAACCAGAGGUCCCAAACCAUCAGAAGGAUGAGGAGAAAAGACCCAAAGCCAAGAAACGAGGAUCGGAGAGACCCUUCGACUUCUCUGCCCACCCUCGCAGACAUGUGGCACUGCGGUUGGCAUAUCUCGGCUGGCAGUAUCAAGGCUUUGCUGUCCAGGAGAACACGGACAACACAGUGGAAGCCCGGCUGUUUGAAGCACUGCUGAAGACUAAACUCAUUCAGGAACGACAGACCUCCAACUAUCAUCGCUGCGGCCGCACAGAUAAAGGAGUGAGUGCUUUUGCUCAGGUUAUAUCCAUUGACCUCCGCUCCAACCAGUUUGGUGGAGGUUUAGGUGUGACGGUCCCUCCUGGUGUGGAGGACAAAGGCAAGGCCGUCUCUGAGGAAUUACCCUACGUCAAGAUGCUGAAUCGAGUUCUGUCUCAGGACAUUAGAAUACUGCAGUGGACUCCGGUGGAAACUGGCUUCAGUGCACGAUUUGACUGCAAGUCAAGAACCUACAGAUAUUACUUUCCACGUGGAGACUUAGACGUGGAUCUUAUGGCUGAGGCUGCCAAACGGUAUGAGGGUACACAUGACUUCAGGAACUUGUGUAAGAUGGACGUGGGUAAUGGAGUGCUGAAUUUCCAAAGAACCAUCCUGUCUGCCAGCAUCCAGCCUGCCAAGGUGGAACCCACCGUCUCUAAUGACCCCCACCAACUCUGUGUAUUCCAGGUCCAGGGUCUGGCUUUCCUCUAUCACCAGGUUCGCUGCAUGAUGGCCGUGCUGCUCCUUAUUGGACAGAAACUUGAAUCUCCAGAGAUCAUGAAUCAGCUCAUGGAUGUAGAAAAGAACCCGAGGAAGCCUCAGUACAGUAUGGCGGUGGAUUAUCCUCUGGUGCUCUAUGACUGUCACUUUGAGGGUGUGAGUUGGCGUACGGACCCUGAGGAGGAGAACCACGUCCUGAACUCUUUUCACCAACAUUGGGUUCAGACCGCAGUCAAGACUCAAGUUCUGUUCGGCAUGAUCCAGGGCCUUCAAAACACCAUUACAGGCGAGACAUCGUCCCUGCAUUGCUGGCUUAUGGAAGGAACCAGACAGAAGAAGUACCGGCCCCUGUUGGACCGGCCGCGGUGUGAGAGUCUGGAGUCCAGGAUCCAGCAUUUUGUGAAGAGAGGAAGACUAGAACAAGAGGAAGGAGAGAACGGCGAGGAGACCACUGUGUUCAGAGGAAAACGUUCAAAACAUUCCCAUCUGACGACAACAAACCAACCGCAAGAGCAGAAGCAUGGAGCAAAAACUGAGGAUAGCCCGUUACAAACUCUUUAAACACAUAUAAACUUCUUUAUUUUGUUUGAAUUUUUGAUCUGUGUGUGCAGAAACGGUCUCAAGACAUCAGCAGAAAUAGGAACACAGUUAUCUGCUUUUUCAGUAGAAGUAAUCCAUAUUUGACUAAAGGAUUAUUUGGGCUGUUCCCGUUUGAAUUUGAUUAGAAAGAAAACUAUGCUAAUUGGUUUCAUGAUUGUUUUAUUCUAAUCUAUAUUUAAAUGGAUCAGUAUGCUGGCACAAUGUUCAUGUCAAUAUUAUGCUGUACUGAUUCUUUUGAAGCUUUUCAACAGCUGCAAAAUCUGAUGGAAAAAAAACUAAGUCUAUCUUACUUUAGUAUCUUACAACAUAAAAGACAGACAUGCAACAUCAAAAAAUACAGAAUAAACUUUUAACACAACUUUGCACUGACUCCUAUAGAAGGAAAAAAUACUUUAUCAUUUAUUUUGUUUUGUUAAACACAAAAGCAGACAUUCUGAAGAAUGUAGGACGGCUAACAGUUCUGGGUCAACAUUGACUACUAUUGUAUUUUUCUACUAUGGGAGUCAAUGGGUGUUGAGAUCUGUUUGGUUUUAUGAAUUUCUCCAAAUAUGUUUCUCUGUGUUAAUCACAACAAAAACAUUUAUACAGAUUUUGAGCAACUCGAAGGUGAGGAAAUGAUGACAGAAUUUUCAAAAAGUAUAAUUUUAAGAACUUUGUCAAUUUCAUGGUUUUCAUUACAAAAACACUAUUGGCUGUUCUACUAUAGAAACAUGACAACAUUCAUUUAUGACGUCUUUUGGUCUUAUUUCAGUAAGAUUUAAUGGUGUAGUGUUGGUUCCCAUCCCACUGAUAAAGCCCAAUAUGUACCCCACAAUACCCACAGAGUUUCCAUUAAAACUACCGCAAGUACCAUUGAACAACAAUAAAAUCCAUUAGAGUUUCUGUGA